UCCUGUGGUGGUGGUGGCGUUGCAUGGGUGUGCUUCAUGGACAUUACAGAGACAGAGAAACGAUGAGGAUUUUUUUUUCUUGAUGACAUCAGCACUGCGCCAAAACGGACAGUUCCAUCCUGCGUCUCCUGCUCAGUCUUCACAACGCCAAGCAAACGCCCCACUAGGACGAGCAGAAACGCUGAGAAAAGUUAAAAGAGCGUGUUUUUUUGGCGUGUUUCCCAUUGAAACAUCUGCAGCCAGGAAGCUGGGUGUGAAGAUACAGCCUAUAGGCAGGGUGACAUCGAUUGGGACGGUCCUGCUGCUGCUAUAAAAAGGGGGACACUCUGCAGCCUGAGUUCCGCUCCUUUCAUCCUCAAACGCCAAAAUGAGCUACGGAUCCGACGUCUAUUCCUCUUCAUCCUACCGGAAGAUUUUCGGAGAGUCUCCGCGUUUCUCGACGUCCCCGUCCAGAAUGAGUGGCCCCCGAAGCGGCUACCGGUCCGUGUCUCUGUCCAGGACCACCAGCUCGGGUCUGGGCUCCUAUAAGCGCACAGCGCGCACCGGCUACCCAGCAUCGACCUCUCCGAUGGGGCUGGACACUUUUGACUUCGCGCAGAGCGCCGCGAUGAGCAACGAGCUCAAGAUCAUUCGCACAAAUGAGAAGGAGCAGAUGCAGGGCUUGAACGACCGCUUCGCGACGUUCAUCGAGAAAGUGCGCCACGUGGAGCAGCAAAACAAGGCGCUGGAGGCCGAGCUGGCAGCGCUGCGUCAGCGUCACGCGGAGCCGUCGCGUCUCGCCGACCUCUACCAACAGGAGAUCCGGGAGCUGCGUGCGCAGCUGGAGCAGGUGUGCGCCGAGCGGGAGCGCGUUGCGCUGGAGCGCGACGCCGCCGAAGAGGAGCUGCACAAGGCGCAGGAGCGGUGCGAGGAGGAGGCGCGCCGGCGCGACGAGGCCGAGCGCACGCUGCAGGCUUUCCGCAAGGAUGUAGACGACGCGUCUCUGGCGCGCCUCGACUUGGAGAGGAAGGUCGAGUCACUGCUGGACGAGAUCGGCUUCCUGCGCAAGGUGCACGACGAAGAGGUGGCCGAGCUCACCAGCGUCAUCCAGGCGUCGCAGGUGUCCGUGGAGCUCGAGGUGGCCAAGCCCGACCUGACCUCCGCUCUCAAGGAGAUCCGCGCGCAGUAUGAGUCUCUCGCCUCUAAAAACCUGCAGUCAGCCGAGGAGUGGUACCGCUCCAAGUUCGCCGACCUGAACGAGCAGGCGAGCCGCAGCAACGAGGCGAUCCGCGCCAGCCGUGAAGAGGUCAACGAGUUCAGGCGUCAGCUGCAGUCCAGGACCAUCGAGAUCGAGAGCCUGCGCGGCACCAACGAGUCCCUGGAGAGGCAGAUCCGCGAGAUGGAGGACCGGCACAACAUCGAGGUCGUCGGCCUUCAGGACGCAAUUGGUGAGCUGGAGAAUGAGCUAAGGACCACUAAGAGCGAGAUGGCUCGUCACUUGAGGGAAUACCAGGACCUUUUGAAUGUCAAGAUGGCCCUGGAUAUUGAGAUUGCUGCUUACAGGAAACUUCUGGAAGGAGAAGAGACCCGCCUAAGCACAGGCAUCACCUACCCCGUUCCGGGUUCCAUCUCCAGCACCCAGAGCUACAACUACCAGAGCCGUGUCUACACCAGCUCUACCAAGAGCAGCAAGAAGGAGAGAGGAGACGAUGAGGAAAAACCGAGCAGCGGGGCCGACAACUCCGCUUCCAAGAAGGGUGAAAAGCAUGAUUCUGGUGACGUUGAUGGUGUCACCUCGAAGAACUAAGUCUCAUCUCGCUCCUUAUUUACCCCCUCCCCACUAGUCUUUUCCACUAGGAAUGUCUCAGAGAGGAAUCCAGUGUAUCUGUGUAUCAGCUAUCUCUUUCUCUCUCCACUUAUCGAGUACAGCACUCUCAGUAACAGGGCGUCUGUCCCCUUAAGAUAGACCGCACACUCUUUAGGCACAGUCCACUCUUUCUCUCUGCUACUUUUACUUGUUAGUUGAUCAGGUCUGUGUUGUUCUGCAUAGGUGUUGUCUUAAAAAAAAACCCUUAAGUGCACUAACACAGGCUGCGCUCAUCACAUUCCAGAAAGCUUAUGUGCAUGUGUGUGAACAUGCACAGUGCAUUCAGGACAAAAUCCUUAUCUGUUCACAAAUUGUUCUCAGUAUCUCUCUGAAUCUUCAAUAUUCAUUAUAUAAAAAAAAACAGCACAGUACUUGACCAUCCCAUUUUCUUUUUUUUUUUGCUGUAUGCCAGGGGUAUUCAACUCAGACUUGUGAAAGUUCCUAGCUUACAAAGGUCUGGAUAAGCAACUAACAUAACUGAUUGGUGACAACAGUUAUCUUUUAACGCUUAACCAUUUAUGAUUUGUUCAUGACUAUAAAUAAAACACAAAUCUAAAGUGUUUUAUUUCACACUGGUGCUUCACGUUACCACUUUGACUAGAGGUACAGACUCAUCAGAUAAGAUGCAUCUGUUUUGAACAGAUGUCUUCUCUGUGCAGUUGUGUUUAAAGUGUUUUAAAGUCUGUGAAAAGUCUUCCCUUUCUCAAUAAGCUGCCUUCAGCUAAACAAUUGACGUAAAUGUGAGUGAUUGGAUAAGCUGCAACAGAGGAUCUGCUACAGAAGCCAUGCUGGUUCAUGUUUUAAAACUAGACUUGGUUCUGCUACAGUGAAAUACUUUGCUAUUGGUCCACCAGUUGAUGACCCCUGCUGUACACCAUGGCAAUACUGUUACUUGUGGACUUUUUCUGUAGUCUCAGAUAUUUUGUUACAUCCAAAGGUUCAGUCGACACUACUCUUCCUAUCAUUAGCUGCGUUUGAUUUCUGAUCUGCGUCCACAUGUGUGCAUGGUAACAUUGCAUCCCAGAUCACUUUCUCCAAACCUAUUGCCAAAGCACGAAAUUCCUCUCCAAGACUAAUCAUGGUGCCAAUCUGACUCUCCCCUGUUUGAAUAUGAGUUGAGUGCAAGCAGCAGCUGAAAUUAAUGCAUGAUGUUUAUUCCCUUUUUGCAUGUCAAGUGUAUGUGGGCCAUCCAGCAAACUUUUAUUGCCAUAUAGUUCUUUUCCCAAGUCAUUCAUCCUGCUAUGUCAGUCAUGCACUGAAUCAUAGUAGACUGUAUCAGCUAAUUAGUGCACAAUGCUGCUUGGUAUGCGUGAUAGUAACACAUUUUUAAUCAUGAUUAUUCAGGACACGAAUGUAUUUGGAUGUUGCCUAAACUAGGUUUGGGAAAUAUACAUGAAAAAAUGUAAACAGUUUAAACAGACACUCUCAAGUGGCAUUUGCCCUAUCGUCAGGAGAUCGCAAGUUCGAAUCCUGAUGAUGCCACAGCCAUCCAUGGCCAGAAGGCAAGGGAGCAAAAUUGGCUGUGCUCUCUGGGUGGGGAGGAUGGCAUAUACUCUCUCCCCUGUCAAUCACAGUGACAGCAGCCAAUCAUAGGCAUCUGUGAGAUCAUGUAUGGGGAAGAGGGCAGAUAGCACUUUCCUCGGAGUGUGUUAUGCUGCGUGAUGUCGAAAGCUGAUUGGUAGGGGGGAAGUGGCAAGUGACCAAAUUGGGGAGGAAAACGGGUGAAAAAAACAGUAAUGGUGAAAGUAAGGGUCUUCCUUUUGAGUUUGAGGGCAAACAUAAUAAAAAUUAGCACAAAUGUAGCAUGGGCUAAUGAACUGAAAGAUAUGAAUUAAAUAAGAAUGUUACAUGUAUGCACAAAUGUACCAUCAUCCAUAAUCGACCCAUAACAAAACAGCACAACAUAACGCACAGCGCACAGUAAAAAAAAUAAACAAAACACAAGCCAUUCUCAAAGACCUUACCUUCUAUUACAAAAGAAAUACAAUUUAUAAGGAAUGGCUCAGACUAAACCUAUACUCUUUAAUACAACUUUUCAAAUAAGUCCAGACAUAGACCUAACAUCGAUGCACAAAGCAAAGCUUCCCUUAAGUAUCAGUUUGCAUUAAUUAACUUAUAAUGAGUGCUAGCGUGAAUCUUUUUUAAUUCUACUUGAUCACUGCCAGGUCUUGACACCACUUGCCUCAAGGCACUAUAGGCCUGACUUACUGCACUCUUCACUGUGAUCAACUGUACUGCAGCAUGUUAUAAAGGUUUACUUUUUAUGCAGGAUAAUCUCUGGAGAAAAUGACGGUGAUAAAUGUUGUAGACUGCGUAUUUGGAUUAUUCCAAACAGUUCCCCAUAAACAGUUAGAAGGUUAUAAGAAAGGUUCUGGCAAAUAUUCAAGUUUGUCCUUCCCUAUCAUUUGGGGACCCACUGUUGUGUUCUGUUUUAAGUGUUUCCUGUGCUAUCACACUUCAUUUGACCAAUUAAGCACCUGAUAAUGAGCUGACAAGCUAGAACAAGUGUGUUAGCACAGGGGAACAAACAAAAAUGUGCCAUUUGUGGGUCUCCGAAACACAGUAGAACUUUUGGUCUUAAGCAUAAAUGAGAACUUUUCUCAAGGCACUUUUCACCUUUAGGUGUCUACACAAAUGAUAAUAUGUGGAAGGUGAAAUGUUAAUAUUUUGAAAGCUUAGCAACUCGCUUCAGCUGAAUAAUACAGCCAACACAAAUCCGAUAAGCAAUCUUUAACGAAUACAAAAGGCACAAGUCUUAUCGCUUUAGGUUAUCAAAUUGCCUUAAAUCACCAGCAGCUUGCUGAAGCUAUCAGUGUGUGGGUUUGUGUGGUGUUUCUGCUAAGAAUGUGCUCUGUUGAUCGCUGUCUCUCUAGAUGCUACAAUGCUACUAUGAAUAACUUAUAAAAUGAUGUCUGUAGGAAUUGAAUGUAGAUUAUGCACUCUAGUCUUUAUCCUUUAUCUUACUGCUGUAUCACCAAUGACUAAUAAACACUUAGCAUUACGAAGUCCA